UGAUUCUUGAUUUCUUUGUAAUGGACUGUAUAUUUAUUGGUAUAGUUUUGGCAUCAUUGUUAUAUUUAUAUUGUUAGAACGUAUCAUUUCAAAUCAGAUGUGCGAUUGAAUUAAAACAUUGAUGAUAAUUCACACAAGAAAUUUUGGAAAGAUGCAUCUUUUGAAUUUGCUGUUCUGGGCGAUCCUUGUCUUCAUGGUUGGUCGCUCACAAGGUGGUGACAAAUGUGAAGUUUGUUAUGUAUCUGACUGCUGCGAGGACCCUUCAUUUACUGGUAGGAGAAACAUCAAAACAAAUGUAGGUAAAAUAUUCAGUGCAUAUUGUGACCAAGGUUGGACGUACAUACUGAGAAGAUUCAACGGGGAAGAGGAUUUCUAUCGUACUUGGGUCGAGUACCAGCAUGGUUUUGGUAACCCAAAUGGAGAGCACUUUAUUGGCUUGGACAAUCUUGCCUGUUUUGUGAAGGGGCGCAAGUGUAAAGUGCGAUUUGAUUUAGAAGCAUGGCCUCCCGUAUCUCAGGCUAAACGAUUUGCCGAAUAUUCAAUAUUCAAUGUCGCAGACGAGACCCAAAAGUACCGUCUUACCAUUGGUGGAUACAGUGGAACAGCUGGUGACGCAAU